AUGGAUCCAAUUUUUGAAAAAAUGAUAAAAAAACAUAAUCUUAAUUUCACAAAGGAUGGUAAAGAUUUUCUUUAUAAAAUAUACAAUGAACAAAUGAACUUUGUAAAAGCAAUAUUAGAAAAAGAAACAGAAGAAGAUUUUCUUAAUACAAUAGAAGAAUAA